AUGCCAACCGAAAUGCCGGUUGAUACGAGGGUAAACAGGGCGCCCACGCAGCACGACUCUCUAAGCCGAAAAGAUUGGACGGGGCUGCGGAUCAAUGGGGCGGCGCCGCCGCGGCAUGUGUACGUCACAGACUCCACGAAGGUCGUGUCCCCGUUGAUGGACAAAGUGAGAGGCUCCCCAACGCCAGGAGGCGCGGUCCUGAAUCGUCCAUUUCCGUACAUUGAGACAAAUGGCGGCAUCCGCAGCAUAGCGCCAGAACGGGGGGAAAGCCAGGAGGGCAAUGCACGGAAUAUGCUGUUGCUGCGACGGGGGUGCCCAUCGUCACUGGUGGGGCAGGAAGCACGAAAGCCCUUGGUGCGCUUGGGGGAGCCUGUGCAGGAAGUAUCGGCCAAAGGGCUUCUUCCCAAAAUCCAAAAGAAAACAGAGAAUAUGGACAAUGGAAACGCUCUGAGUCAAAUCAAGAAGAGUUCGAUUUCGUUCAGUCAUCCUCGUAAUGAGUUAAUGUACAAUCUUUACACGCUUGAGAUGGAGUCUCGGGUAGGUAUAUGGCAGGAGCACACAGUGGAGAUGUACCACCUCAUGGAUGAAAAGCUUGCGAGGUGGAACCUUGUUAGGGACUAUGUAAGCAGCCCAGCACUUAGGUUUGACACAGUUUCGCAUACGAUUGAGGUCCUCUUCGAUAAUCUCAUCGGUACGGACCUCAAUGUCUUGUUCAGUGGCUACGAGGCGCUCAGCGCUGUGAUCACCUUACCCAAAUCGGGCACGAAGACUUUGAGCUCACUCUAUGUGAUGCGUCCGUGGCGGUGGCACUUUUUUCGGGGCUCCGCUAAAAACCGCAGCAGUGGUGCUGGGUGCAGCAACUCGGUGAAGGUGACGCCAGAUUCUUUAGAUCGGAAGGAGGUCAGGCGUGUGGAACUGGCUGCUCGCAUGUACAUGCUGGAGUGCAUUGCUCUGCAUGUGAGGUAUGCAGUAUUGGAGGAGAUUCUCUUUUCGGAUGUACCGCUGGUAAGUAGUAGUGUGAUCGCGUCGAAAAGAAGCCAUACCAUCAGCAUUGAAGACAAAAGUGAAAACACUACUCGGUGGGAAAUGCUGCUGGGUGGGUUACGCGCCGCCGUGGUUGCACCGCAGCACCGCUGGACGGACCCCUUCGUGAGCGCGCGGACCGAUAUGGUGCCCGAUCCCUCUGGCCAGUCGAACCUCUUACGCGCGCAGCAUACCAUGCCGUUGACAAGGGUGCGCCGGCAGAGAAGCAUACCUUUUGUCAGAUUGUCCCACGGUGUCUCUAACAGUAGUUCCAGCAGCGCCUCGAGACACUCCCCACUUCCAGUGCAAUUCGUCUCCGAAGACGAACUGACGGUCUCCUUCAGCGGUGAUGAUGCGGAAUUCGACGAUAGUUUUCGCGGCGAUGCGUCAUUGCUCUACAGAUCUUUCGUCGAUGUUGGCGAGGUAUCUGUCAGCAACGUCGUGUUUGGUGUUGGUAUGAAUAGCCCGAUUAGCAAGUUAAUCUCGAGCAAAAAUAUAGUGGAUUGUUUGAGGGCAAGACACUCUGCAGUGUUGAGUGUGCCUCCUCUCCGCUCCACGUACGCGCUUUGCACAACGCUCCGCAGUAAGUGCAUUGUCCUUACUGUACGGCUGGAACACGAAGAACGUAGAAGUAUCCUCUGGAUGGAGGCGGCGUGUCUUGCCCAAAUAGUCCGAAGCGUGGGGUGUAGCACGCCGUGGAUCGAAGAUCUGAGCGGGCGCGUCAUGUUUUCUGAGGGCAGUGGUGUGUUGAAAGACGUGCCGAGCACCGUGCGUAUGCGGAACUUGCUGGCACAGGCGGUGGAGGAGAAGUGUAUUGUCGCCCGCCGCUGCGAGGAGGAGAUGCUGCGGCUGCGCCUCUACUUGAACUACCUCGGGAUGCGGGUGGUGAUGGAGGAGGACGCGGCGGAAUUUCUGCAGUUUGCCCGAGAAGAGCGUGACGCGUUUGUUUCUCCGGGCCUGUCGUAG